AUGGAUUCCUCUCGAUUUACUGUGCUCGCUGACAAUUCAGUGGUGGAAAAGCCUGUUGUUGAUGAUCGUCAGUAUCGAUUGGUGAAUUUGCACGACAAUAACUUAUCAGUUUUGCUAAUUCAUGAUCCAACUACCGACAAGGCCGCUGCUUCGCUUGACGUGAACACCGGGCUGUUCGCUGACCGUGAGUACCAAAUCCUGGGCCUCGCUCAUUUUUGUGAACACUUGUUGUUUAUGGGCACCAAGAAAUACCCCGAGGAAAACGAGUAUUCGCUGUAUCUUGCGAAGCAUCUGGGUUAUUCAAAUGCAUAUACUGCCGCUGAGCACACGAACUAUUACUUCCAAGUCAGCGCAAAUCAUCUCCAAGGCGCUCUUGAUCGAUUCGCUCAAUUUUUCAUCAGCCCACUAUUUUCGAAUAGUUGUAAAGACCGUGAAAUCAAUGCUGUUGAUCUGGAAAACAAAAAGAAUUUGCAGAAUGAUUUAUGGCGCAUGUAUCAACUAGACAAGCUGAACCUGAAUCCCGAGCAUCCAUACAAUGGUUUUGCUACUGGUAAUUUUUACACUCUUGCGGAGGAACCAGCAGAAAAGGGAAUGGAUGUAAGGGAAACCCUCAUUAAUUUUCAUAAGGAUCAUUAUCUGGCUAAUUUGAUGAGCCUCGUUAUUUUGGGUAAGGAGGAUUUGGAUACCUUGACAAGCUGGGCACUUGAGUUGUUUUGCGAUGUCCCCAACAAAGGAUUACCACGGCCGAACUACAACGGAACGUUGAUUUUCCCCGAAGAGUAUCUUGGUAAGAUCACUCGCGCCGUUCCCGUCAUGGAUAAUCACAAGUUGGAAAUCGUCUUUAUGAUUCCUGAAGAUUUGGAUGACAAAUGGAAGCUGAAACUGCUGGCCUAUUAUAGUCAUCUAUUGGGCCACGAGUCUGAAGGUCUGGUGCUUUAUUACUUAAAGCUGAAGAAUUGGGUGUCGGAAUUGAGUGCUGGCAACAUCAGAGUAUGCCAGGGUAAUUCAUUUUUUAUACUUGAGUUUGAGUUGACUCCACAAGGGCUCGAAAACUGGAAAACUAUCGUGAUCACAGUGUUCCAAUAUCUCCAAUAUUUGCAGGCUCAGGAACCGCACAAGUGGAUCUGGGAAGAGAUUUCGAACAUGUCGAAGAUCAAUUUCAAAUUUAAGCAGAAAACCGAUGCUUCAAGUACUGUAUCGAAGUUGUCAAACAGUUUAUACCAAUUCACUGCUGAUGGCCAAAUUCCCCUGGAAUACAUACUUUCACUGCUGGUCAUGCGCGAAUUCAACCCAGAGCAAAUCAAGCAGUACGGUCGUUACCUCAACCCUGACAAUUUCAGAAUCACCUUGACUUCUCAAGCUUUAGACGGAUUAGACAAAAAGGAACGUUGGUAUGGAACCGAAUACCUGUAUGAGGACAUCCCCAGUGAUCUAAUGACCCAAAUAAAGUCAGCUGAACCAAUCUCCGACUUACACUUACCUAUCCCCAAUGACUUUAUCCCGACUGAUUUCACAAUUUCAUUGCCGAAACUGGAGACUCCAUUAUCUCACCCUUAUUUAAUAGAGGACACGAGUGCCUUGCAAGUUUGGUUCAAACAAGAUGAUCGAUUUGAGGUUCCGAAAGGUACUAUUGAAGUUCUGUUGCACUUACCAAUGCUGAAUAAAGAUGUCCGUCAGGCAACGAUGUCACAACUAGUGGGGGAUUUAUUCAACGAUGAACUCAACCAAAUAACAUACUACGCAUCCUUAGUUGGGCUUAAAGUCAUGUUCACUUUUUGGAGAGAUGGCUUUUCGCUUAAAGUUUCGGGUUACAAUGACAAACUUCCCGUUCUUUUUGAGCAAGUUAUAGAGAAGUUUAUCCGAUUCAAACCCAACCCAGCUCGUUUUGAUGCCAUCAAAUUCAAGAUGACACAGGAGCUCAAAAAUUUUGGAUAUCAUGUUCCUUAUUCGCAAGUCAACACUCAUCACAUGUUGUUGAUCAACGAAAAGACCUAUCUGUAUCCCGAGAAGUUGAAACAACUCGAAAGCAUUUCUUGUGAAGAUGUCACAGAGUUUGUGACACAGCAGUUGUGGUCGGAAGGCGUGUUUUGCGAAAUGUUGAUCCAUGGGAAUUUUGACAUAUCCAAAGCUCGUGAAAUAAAACAGGGUUUGGCGACGCAAUUGGAAGGCAGAGGUACGAUCAGCGGAGACGUUUACAGAGCCAUUCGCUUGAGAAACGCAAUUCUUUCACCGAAUGAGGUGGCACGUUAUGAGGUCUCCCUUGAAGACAGCAAAAACAUCAAUUCCUGCAUUGAGUACUACAUUCAGAUUGGUGCAGACAAAGAUAAUGAUCGAUUACGUGUACUUACCGAUUUAUUAGGAGUUAUCAUUCGUGAACCUUGUUUCAACCAAUUGAGAACCAGAGAGCAAUUAGGGUAUGUUGUCUUCCUGGGCCUCAAGCCUUGCCGCAAUUCAUUUGGUUUUCGAGUUUUAAUUCAAUCGGAACGCACUACAGACUAUUUGGAAUACCGUAUCGAUGAAUUUCUCCAUCAGUUUGGCCGGCAUGUGUCGAGCAUGGAAAAUGAGGAGUUCGAAAAGUUCAAGCAAGCACUUGAGGAUCUAAAACUAACUAAGCUCAAACAUUUGAGUGAGGAAACGCUGCGGUUUUGGAAUUCAAUAACUGAUGGUUACUACAAUUUUGAUGCACGAAAGCGCCACGUCGAGGUGCUUGAGAGUAUAACCAAGGCAGAAUUCAUCCAAUUCUACCAGGACUAUGUACUCAACCGGGCCGGAAAGCUGGCCCGUUUGGCCGUCCAUUUGAAAGCGCAACAUCCACUGAAGGUUUCUCGCGACAAACUAAUAAAUCUGAGUCUUAUCAACUGGAUGUUCCGCAAUGACAUUAACGUCGACCUGGAUAAAAUUGACGACAUCCUCAAAAAGUCGACAAAUGUUCAGGAAAUCGCUAAGAAGGUUGCUGCCUUGUUAAGAGCUGAUAACCUCGAACACAGCACCGAUGACAUUGCAGCCAUUAUCGAAAGUGGUUUGGUGCAACCCGUACCUGCAACGUAUCCCACAGGUAAAUUGUACACGAACAUUUCCUCUUUUAGAGAGGAUCAUGAUAUGAGUGAACAUGCCAAACCUGUUGAACCACUCAGAAACUUUUACAUUCCCGAUUUGUCGCACUUGUAG